GGCCUUCAAGAUGACAGGAAGAGAGUUUCUUGAACUAGAUUCUCCGCAGCAAAGACUAUAUUUGGAAAGAUUUAAGAGGAUGGAAGUCAUACAAAAGAUGCUCAGUGAGCUUCCUAAAGCAGAUCAGAACCUUUGUAAUCAUGGGUCAUACUUCCUUGCAGCAAAUUCAAGCUUAUGCGGCUUAGCGGCAAAUAACUUCUUCAGGAACAUCCUACACGUCAGAAAAGCUUCCUUGGUGUCUGCUUUGCCAAUGGCUGUUAUUCCGUUUCUUUCAACAGCAGCGGUUUAUGAAGUUUUUGUGCGUGAGCCUUUAUUUUCAGGUGAGCUGAACUGCGAGGUCUGUGCUGUGGUCAGAGGAGGACUGAUAGGGGGUGUUGUGGGUGGUCUCUAUCCUGUUUUCCUGGCUCUCCCCAUCAACGCAAGCCUUGCAGCCAGGUAUUCUUCAUCUCCCUUGCCAGGGAAAGAAAAUCUAUUACGCUUCUGGCUCACAACUGCUCAGCCUGUCUUCAGAAAGACGAGUUUGGGUGUACUUGUACAGGUUCUAACUGGAUUAUAUCUUGCCACUAAACAUCACGGAAUAUAUGUCAAAAUACUGCAGCAGAUGAACACUAGCAGGGAUCCUGAAGAGUUACAAGCAUGAAGUUAAGCAAUUUUUCAAUUGCCUUGGAUAAGAAACCAUAAUAAACAA